CCCCGGGGCCCCGCCAGCCCAGCUCUGCGCUCGCCGUCCGCAUCCUUCCGCCGCCGCCUCCGCCCGCGCCCCCUGCGCACCGCUGAGUCUGCCUGCUCGCCUGCCCGUCCGCCCGGGCGCUGGCCUCUUCCCAUGCGGGCGGCGCGGGCCCUGGGAGGGGCGCCCCGAGCCAGCCGCGCAGCAUGCACUGGGGGGUUGGCUUUGCCUCGUCCAGGCCGUGCGUGGUGGACCUGAGCUGGAACCAGAGCAUCUCCUUCUUCGGCUGGUGGGCCGGGUCCGAGGAGCCCUUCUCCUUUUAUGGGGACAUCAUCGCUUUCCCUUUGCAGGAUUACAGUGGGAUCAUGGCAGGGCUGGGCUCGGAUCCCUGGUGGAAGAAAACCCUUUAUUUGACCGGGGGAGCUUUGCUGGCCGCGGCUGCGUAUCUGCUCCAUGAACUCCUGGUCAUUAGGAAGCAGCAAGAGCUGGACUCCAAAGAUGCUAUUAUCCUGCAUCAGUUUGCACGACCUAACAAUGGUGUCCCCAGCCUGUCUCCCUUCUGUUUGAAAAUGGAAACUUACCUAAGAAUGGCUGACCUACCCUAUCAGAACUAUUUUGGCGGAAAACUCUCUGCCCAAGGGAAAAUGCCUUGGAUUGAAUAUAAUAAUGAAAAAGUGUCUGGCACAGAAUUCAUAAUCGACUUUCUGGAAGAGAAACUUGGAGUGAACUUAAACAAAAACCUUGGCCCCCAUGAGAGAGCUGUCUCAAGAGCCGUGACCAAGAUGGUGGAGGAGCACUUCUACUGGACGUUAGCUUAUUGCCAGUGGGUGGACAAUCUCAAUGAGACCCGGAAGAUGCUGUCACUUAGUGGUGGUGGUCCCUUCAGUAACCUGCUCAGGUGGGUCGUGUGCCACAUAACAAAAGGAAUUGUGAAGCGGGAGAUGCACGGCCACGGCAUUGGCCGCUUCUCGGAGGAAGAGAUUUACAUGCUGAUGGAGAAGGACAUGCGGUCUUUAGCGGGGCUUUUGGGUGACAAGAAGUACAUCAUGGGGCCCAAGCUCUCCACUCUUGAUGCCACUGUCUUUGGACACUUAGCUCAGGCGAUGUGGACCUUGCCGGGGACAAGACCGGAGCGGCUGAUCAAAGGUGAGCUGAUCAACCUGGCCAUGUACUGCGAGAGGAUCAGGAGGAAAUUCUGGCCCGAGUGGCACCACGACGAUGACAACACCAUCUAUGAGUCUGAGGAGAGCAGCGCCGAGGGCAGCAAGACUCACACGCCCAUGCUGGAUUUUAGCUUUUACUCAAGGACAGAGACCUUUGAAGACGAGGGGGCAGAGAACAGUUUUUCCAGGACCCCAGACACGGAUUUCACAGGACACUCGCUCUUUGACUCUGAUGUGGACAUGGACGACUACACAGACCACGAACAGUGCAAAUGAUGCUCCAUCACGGACAUCAUCCUCAGAAGUCACCACUCCCUGGGGUGGGUCUGGUUUCCCAGAUAGAAAUCCGCUGAGCUGGGAGGAGAUCUUCAAGCCUGGCCCAGUUUUAACAUGCUAACUGGACUAUAAGCCGCCUUCUUUCUUUCUUUCUUUCUUUCUUUCUUUCUUUCUUUCUUUCUUUCUUUCUUUCUUUCUUUCUUUCUUUCUUUCUUUUGUACAAACAAAAACACAGAACCAUUCAGAUGGCUCCGUCUAAAACAGACAAAACAAAAUAUCAGCAUGGUACCUGAAAUCCAUUUUUGUUUUCAUUAGAAAACCAAUAUUGUGUAGGAGGGCAGGUACUGGAGUGGGUUGUCAACUGGGCAUUCAUAUCGAUCCUUUGCAACUGAGGACUCGGCUGUCAGAUGGAUUCUUGACCAUCUUUCAUUGACUGGGGUUUUAAGUAACGAGAAAUACGAUCAGAAAAGACGUAGGAGCUCAUGUCCCUUGGCUGCUGUUGUAGUUUGUAUGUGUACUUGUCUGUCGAGACAGAAGCCGAAUGAAGUCCACCGAUACUCGGUGGAUGGCUGUCCCCUGUGCGGCGCAGAGUGGGGGUGCUAUGCGACUAGAGUUUCAUUCUCAACCCUGCCGGUGACUAGCUGUGCGAUUCGGGGCAGGUCCUUUAACUAUUGUGUGCCUCAUUUCCCCCACCUGUACGGUGGGGGUUACAAUACUCUCCACCUACCUACCUCACAGGGGUGUUGUGGGGACUCACGUGGCAGCAUUAGUGUGAUGCUUUCAACCUCCGGGACGUGGUGCAACAUGAACUUACUUUCUUCUUCCUCGUGCUUCAUAAAUGUUAGGGUCUGAGGGCGGAGGACUUUCAUACUUGGGCAAGAAGCGCAGUCACUUGCCAAGGCUGUGCCGAUGAAACCAACACAAAGCCAAUUAGGACUGUGUCGUUUCUCUUUGUGACUUUGCUGGAGGAACUUUGGAAGGAACUUUGCCAAUCAGCAGCAGCUACGCAUGGUCCCCAGCUCUGUGCUUUACAGAACAGCAUCUCUUCCUUUGCUGGGCGCAUCAGAAUGUGGCUUUGAUGUGCCCCGCAAGUGCUGACCUACCUGUGUUUAUUGAUUUGCAGAAGGUAAAGCUUAGGACCAUGGCAGGUUAGCAGAGAGAAAGGAGAGUAGUUGACUUUGUAGGCAGACGCUUGUCCACUGUUGUAUAUGUUUUUGAAGACGGAGAUGUAUUGGAAAGAGGCGCAUGAAGGUGUUUCUUGUGUCUGAGUCCUCUGCACUUUCCUUGUCAGGUGUCUCCUUGUUGUUGGGUGACAGCAUGAUAUCACUGACAUCUUGUGUUUCAUGACACUUAUCCCUUCCCAUCACCCUCUCCCUGUUCUCCCUCGCCACAGAGCCUCUGAGCAGGUGGGUGGGAUUUCCCUGUAUUUGUUUUUGUCUCUGAAGACAGCAUUGGAUAGCUUAGUUCAUUUCGCAGGCAAUUGUGGGGCAAGGGUUCUGUGAUGGCUGUGGAUUUGGUCUUAAUAGACUUAACUGCACACCAGUGGCUUUGUUUCUGACCAGUGGGGUAGGGAUUACUUCACAUAGGGUUGAAGAGUCCCUUCGAAGAUGGAAGUUUCUGAGAAAUUAAUGUAGUUUGCUAGAAAAGUAAACUCUUUUUAAUGUAGCUGUUCCAUGAAAAUCUUUGGGGUCCAUUUUCAAAGAGGCAAAGAGGGAGUGUUUUGAAGAUGUUUGCCACUAUGGGAGUCAUGGGGCGUAUGGAAAUGGGAAUAAUGUUGAACUCCUAAGUUAGAAAUUCUUACCUGUAGAAAACUUAGCUAUGAAUAUUUUGUAUUAAAGCCAUCCCUAUUGGGAGAGCCUGUUUUAUGAGAGAGAGAGAGAGAG